AUGGCUCUUCUUGCAAAUAUGCGGCGGCACAGUCUCCGCAUGCAACAGCAUCUUCACCGUUGGAGUAUCUGUGUAGCAGACGGCAGUCACUUGGUGAGCGAAGGGCUGAAGAGAUGCGAAGCUCUUUCGAGCAUAGGAAAACCCGAAGACGAAAAGUACAACUGGGCUUCACUGUCGAGAGAUUCUGGUAUUUCGACAGAGUUGUCAAACACCCAGUCUUUCACAGCAAUGAUUCUUGGCGACCCUGGCGUGGGAAAGACUGCUCUCGCAGGCAUUUUUGCCGGUGCCACGGACAAUUUCAAUAUUGAUACAGACUUAUUUGAAGGUAUGGUCUGCGAGAGGACUGUACUUGUGGAUGGAGAAAGUACUGCCAUCACCCUAAUAGACUCUCCGUGCUACUCUCUGGAAGAGGCCAUCUCUGGCGUUUCUUCUGUGGAUGCCUUUCUGCUGGUGUAUUCCAUCACGGACCGUGGGUCGUUUGACCGGGCUGCAGAGCUACGUAUCCAGAUCCUACAGAACGCUGACCAUGCCAACACGCCCAUCAUCCUGGUUGGCAACAAGUGUGACCUGGUCAGGUGCAGAGAGAUACCCAUUAGUGAGGCACGUUUGUGUGCCGUAGUGUUUGACUGUAAACUCGUGGAGACGUCGGCCCUCAUGCAGCACAACGUCUGGCUCCUGUUCAACGGCGUGGUGAGGCAACUGCGUCUCCGUGGUAGCGGUGGACGAGAAGGUGGCGGCGGUGGGCCAGGCCCCACCCACAGGAAGGGCAGUCUUCCACAGCGGGCCAAGCGACUCAUCCACUCCCUCGCCGCCAUGGGGAACACACACGCCGCAUACACACUCAAGUCCAAAUCCUGCCAUGACCUCUCUGUUCUCUAAACGCUGUGUGCAUGCGUGUG